CAAAAAUGUGAUGUAAUUCCUAGGUGAGAGAGGUUGAGUUCAGAAAAUCCAGCAGAAUAGUUCUUUUUUAAGAGUAGGGUCAGUAAUCCUUUUUACAGUCAGGUACAUAAUGUAGGUGCAAAAAAACUUUUCAGGAUAUUUUGACUGACUCAAAUCAUGUCAAUCAAAUACUAUUUUGACACUGACAGAUAUAAAUAAAUAAUAAACACAACAAACACUAACAAUUUAGAUAAACUGUAAAAAUGGGUUUUGAUUAUUAUGGUAUAUUGGGUGUUAAGCGUUCGUGCGACCAGAUUGAAAUCAAAAAGGCGUACCGUCGGCUUGCAUUGAAAUAUAAGCCCGAGAGAUACAACGACGACGACAAUAUGAGACGAAUUUUUGCCCUCAUCGGUGAAGCGUACGAAGUUCUAGUGGACCACAGGAACAGAGCAAUUUACGACCAGUACGGCGAGGAAGGGCUCAAAAGUGGCGUCCCAGGCCCUGAUGACUAUAUACAGCCGUAUACAUAUCACGGAGAGCCCUUAAGAACGUACCACGAAUUCUUUGGAACCGUAAAUCCGUACGCCGAUCUUUUGGAUUAUUAUGAGAACCCACCGCCAAUGUUCGAAUCCCCUUUGGGAAAAGGCUACAAAGAAAAGGAUCAAACCAUCAUUCGACCUCUCGCUAUGACCCUAGAAGAAGUUUACAAAGGAUGUUUGAAAAAAAUGAAAAUCCAACGUUUGGUUUUCACAGACGAGACUUGUUCGGAACUAAAAUUACGAGAGAAAGUGCUAUCUAUUCCAAUCAAACCUGGAACUUAUCAGAAUACUGAAAUUAAAUUCAAAGGGGAAGGCGACCAAGGCCCCACCAGAAUACCGGCAGACGUUAUAUUUGUAACUGAAGAUAGACCGCACGAAAACUUCGUCAGGUCAGGAUUGAGUGAUCUCCUAAUGGUUCGAACGGUUACUCUGCAAGAGGCUUUAUGCGGGAUCACAAUAACAUUUACAACUUUAGAUGGCAGAAUUAUGCGAGUGAAAAUUACUGAUGUAAUAUCACCAACUUACGAAAAAGUGAUUGAAGAUGAAGGCCUACCGGUACCGGCAUGUCCGAAAAAAGCAAAAGGAAACCUAAUCAUAAGGUUCAAAAUAAUAUUCCCAACAUAUUUAUCGAAAAGAAGCAAAAAAGCUUUCGAAAAUGCCUUUAAGGUUAAAGAUGAAGAAGACGGGCGGUUUGAAAAGUUGGCGUGUGGAACUUUGUCGACACAUUCUAUUUUAUAAUUUAAAUAACGCCUUGUAGUGUUUUGGCUCAGGAGCAAAGUAUUUAUUAAUGAACAUACUGUUCAAACUUUGUAUAUAAAGUUUGUUGUUGGUUUGUUAAAAAAAAUAAAAAAUAUUGCACCCAUAAAUGCGAUUAAAAAAAAAAUAGAUAAAAACUAUAUUUAAAAUCAAGUGGUAACCUUGUCGGACAACUUUCAAAAGGCAUACUUAUUUCUUAUCUGAUGCCACAAAGUCUGGAAGAUGGCAUGGAAGGAAAAAGCCUCACUACCAUCUUUCGCUUCGAGAAUCGUUUUAAAUCGAUUUUUGAAGUUCAUUUCUUAAAGUGUGAGCAGUAUGGUUAUGAAAUUUAUUCAUGGACACAAGGACUAUUUUUAUAUUUCAAACUAUCAAGCUUUGACUAUAAUGCAAUACUUCGGUAACACGUUUAUAUAAUUUUAGUUUUUACAUUUAA